CCUCGGCUUGUGUGUGGUGCUAUAUACUGGAAUUUUAGGGAUGCGAGCUCCCAAUCCUCAACUCUAGGGCUCUUAUUCUCUCUUGUCUCUCUCCUCUCUCCCCUGUCCAUCGAUCGCCGUGACGUGCAUUCUCCAGCAAGUAGCGACCGAAAUUCGCGCGAUCUUGGAGCUUCUUGGAGAGAGAUCGAUCGAUCUGACUCGAGGGAGUGAGAGAAAUUUCUAACGCGGCAGCAGCACGGCACAGUGACCUGGACUAGGUAAUCCGGUUUGUCAUCUUGCGACUGCGACCAAUUCCAAGGGAUCCAGGAGAGCCGAGUAGUGGAUCGUGAUCGCAGCAAGAGCAAUCUCUGGCCAGCUAGGUUUAUCGAUAGCAGUAGAUGUUAAAAUUUCUGGGCGAUGGCUAGCGAUCGCGACGCCACCAGGAACAGGCGGCAGCACCGCAGCGGCAUGGUGGCUCUGGCCGAUUUGCUCAAGCAGGAGCACCUGAUCGAGAGGAUCGAGAAAGUGGAGAAGAAUGCCAUCCCGGUGUUCGUGUGCGGGGAGUCCGGACAAUCCAAGAAGGGCGAGGAUUUUGCUCUCGUCAAGAUCGAUUGCGAGAGAAUUCCGGGCGAUGGAUCAUCCACAUUUGGAGUCUUUGCGAUUUUCGAUGGUCACAAUGGAUCGGCGGCGGCAGUACACGCAAAAGAACACCUUCUCAAGGACGUCAUGAGCGCACUUCCAUCGCGACUGGAUCGAGACGAGUGGCUAUCAAUUCUCCCCGAGGCAAUGAUCAAAGGAUUUCUAAAGACCGACAGGGAUUUCCAACAGAAAGGACAAACGUCAGGAACCACCGUGUCUCUUGUGAUCGUCGAUAGAUGGACUGUGACUGUUGCGUCGGUUGGCGACUCUCGGUGCGUGCUGGACACUGAGGCCGGUGUAAUGCCAAUGACUGUUGACCACAGACUAGACGACAACGAAGCCGAGAGACAGAGAAUUGUCGAUUGCGGUGGCGAAGUCGGGAGAUUAAGCACAGCUCUCGGCGUGGAGUAUGGCCCAUUGAGGUGCUGGCCAGGAGGCCUUUGCUUAUCAAGAUCCAUAGGGGACGCAGACGUGGGAGAGUACAUCGUGGCGGUGCCUUUCGUGAAGCAAGUGAAGCUUCCCAAAACCGGAGGCCGGAUUAUCAUCGCGUCGGAUGGUGUGUGGGACGCACUCUCGACUGAGAAAGCUGCGAAGUGUUGCCGUGGAUUGCCACCCAACCUCGCGGCCAAGCAUAUCGUGAAAGAGGCACUAGGAGUCGCAGGCCUACGAGACGACACAACGUGCCUGGUAGUGGACGUAAUCCCACCGUACAAGCCCCACCAGAAUGGGAGAUCGAGCAGUGAGUCGGCCGUGCGAAGACCAUUAGUCUUGGAAGUUUUCGAGGAGGGAUCAGCCAAUCUCGCCGAAAGAACUGGAUUCCAAAGUCACAGGAUGGAAAACACGGUCGCCAUGUAAAACACCAAAAGAGAAAAACAAAGGAUUUUUUUUAAAAGAGAGAAUAUUCACCAA